AUGUUGUUUUUCCGCCUUACCUGUCCUUCCUCAUCUCCCUUCUGCCCUGCAUUCCUUCUCCCCUCCCCUCACUCUAUUUUUCUUCCCUCUCUCUCUUUCCUCCCACCCUCUGUUCUUCCCUUUACUUUAUCCUCUUCCCUCCUCAGUUUUUUUUCUUUUCCAUUUCUCAUUAGUUUAUUCUUUCCAUUACUUUGUCAUAAUGUUACCCAUCCCUCUUACUGUUUCCCUUACCCUCAUUCUCUCUCUCCCUCACCAGCCUCUCUUUUUAUCCCUUUCCACCCACCCUCUCUCUCUCUCCACCAAAUCUAUCUCCCCACUUUUUCUACCUACCUACUCUGUAUUUCUUCCUACUCUCUCUGUAUACAUUUUCUCUCUCUCUCUCUCUUUCCUCCACACCUAUUCUCUCUCGUUUUCUCCACACCUGUUCUCUCUCUCUUCACACGUUCUCUCUCCCUCCACACUUGUUCUCUCUCUCUCUCUCUCCACACUCGUUCCUGCCUUCUCUCUCCACACUUGUUCACUUUCUCUAUCUCUCUUCACCAAAUCAUCUCCCCACUUCCUCUAACUCUACCUAACUACUCUGUAUUUCUUCCUACUCUCUCUCCACACCUGUUCUCUCUCUCUUUCUCCACACCUGUUCUCUCUCUCUUUCUCCACACCUGUUCUCUCUCUCUCUCUCCACAACCUGUUCUUUCUCUCUCUCUCCACACUCGUUCCUGCCUUCUCUCUCCACACUUGUUCACUUUCUCUCUCUCCACAACCUGUUCUCUCUCUCUAUUUCUUUUCACUCAUUCUCUCCCUCUCUGUCUCUCUCCACACCCAUUCUCUCUUUUUAUCUCUCUCUACACCCAUUCCCUCUUUCUCCAUACAUUCUUGCUAUUACUCUCUCCACCCUUCCUCUCAUUCUCUCCCCACCCAUUCACUCUCUCUUUCUACCCGUACUUUUAA